AUGGUUAUAUACUAUACAUGUUUUGUCGAUUUUUGCGAACGCGAAGUCAGUAACAAAUUUAAGAUUCACUUUACCCUUUUCUCUCAAGGCAUGAAGUUCUUACCAUUUAUAUUACCCCUUACAUACGCCAUUCAGUGGUUCCCAUUGGACUCUAAAGGCGAGCUUCCUCAGUACGAGCCUUAUGCUUUUGGUCAAGAAAUUGCUUUUGAUUGUAUACAACGUAACAUCGACACUGGUGAACACAAGUUUGAUCAACAAAGUCGAAUCGUCUAUGGACCCUUUCCAAAAUGUGAAGAGACAUCGAAACCAUUGAGCUUCAAGUACGGAGUUAAUGAAGAUUUCAACUGUACCAUCCUGUUCACAGAUGAGUUGUUUCAUUUGUUUCAAUUGUAUCUACAUGAAGACGUUCCAUUCAGUUGUCGGUUGCCAUUGAGCUCGGAAGUUGCUUCGAUAGAAAAAGGAGGAGCGUACGUCCCAUUUACUUUUAGCUUUAGGGGAACCCUUACUGAUUCACAUAUUGACGUUGACCAUUCAAUGAAUGUAUUGAUCACGAAGCCGACCAGCAACGAUCCAGAACAAAAUACAUUUAUAAGUGCAAUUGCGUAUGGGUCAGGAACAAACACCACUAGAAUAGUCAUUGGAGAUAAACUUACGCUAAACUUUGCUGUUAGGUGGUUAGAUCUGUUACAGCCUAAAGCGUCAACAAAAAGGGGGAAUGGAUUACCCUACGAUGCCGGAUUUUACAAAUUCCCAGCUGAAUUCAUUCCAAUGAGCUAUAGAAUGCUAUACUUCUACAUAGGCUUGACGUCUGUGGUCACAUCCACGUUGGUACUCAUUAUCACAUACAACUGGAUCAAUCUGAAGUUGAUAAAACACAGGUAUUCCCCCUUGGAUGCCGAAUCUAAGCGGGAUUAA